AGGCAGCUAAACGGAACUUGGUCUACCCAAACUAUGCCUGGAUAUUCUAUGCACUAUACCCUGACCAGUGGUGGACAGAUAACACCAUACCAGUCGACUGUACCAAUGAAGAGCUGGAAACAUUUCUGUUCAACUCGCGAGGUCUCCUGGCGCACAUUGUGCCCGAGCCAGACAAUUUUGAUUCCUCCACUUCAGCUGGAAUAUCUGCCAGUGAUUUCGUGGGGAUGUACAUAGAGAGGGCAGCGCUAACAGGCUACUCACCCAACAUUGCUAUCACUGGGGCCUUUGACGCGGUGUGGUCCCUAGGAGUAGCUCUCAACAUAACAGAGGGAAUGAGACUCGGCAAUGAGACAACUGACAACUGCAAUGCAUCAGAGUUGGCCGGGGAACUGGUACCACUGAAUGAGUUUGACUAUACCAAUACUCUCAUGGGCUGCGUUGUCAGGAACAACCUUCAAUCCCUCAGCUUUAGCGGGGUCACUGGUCCAGUGACGUACGGGGCAGACGGCACAAUAGUCUACACAAGGAUCCGACUAUCACAAGCUCGAUACGUAGAGGGACAAGAGGGACUCCAGAGAGUGAGGUUUGGAUAUCUGGGCAAAGACUCUAACUUCUCACUCAGGUUUGCUGACGGACAGAACGAGGCCAUACUCUACCCAGAUGGUGCUCCACCUGAUGGGACCCCACUGGUGAUAAUCCACACCUACCACCACUGGCUAGUCGGGCUGUUUGACCUACUGGCUUUCUCUGGAGUCAUGUUUGCCAUCGUUUGCUCUUUUUUCAACUUCGCCUUCAGAAACAGGAGGGUUAUUCGACUAACAUCACCUACACUCAAUCACAUAAUAAUUGGAGGGGCACUGCUGAUGUACGUUUCAGUCAUCAUUGAGUUUAUACCAUCCACCAAAGAAGCAAUUAUAAAGGCACAGUGCAUAUUGCAUAUUUGGGUGUACAUCAUUGGGUAUCUCCUGGUGUAUGGAAUAAUUCUAGCCAAGAUGUGGAGGGUCUACCAGAUAUUUCAGAACCCCACCACCAAGAAGAAAAACGUUUUGACGACAUGCAACUUGCUGUGGGCAGUAGGAGGGAUAACUGGCAUUGGAGUCCUGCUCAUCACUGCCGAUACCAUUGCUCAGCUCCUUACGUCUCCUGAGCUGGUAUCUGAUGCCGAGGACCCAUCUGGAACCACAGACUCUGACAUUCGAGAGACACACAUGAUAUGGCGCUGCUACAAGAGUGCGUCACCGCCAAUGUUUGUUCAGCUACUGAUCUAUGCCUACCUCAUUCUACUGCAAAUGGUGGGUAUCGUCCUGGCCUUCCAGACUCGGAAAGUGAGAAUCAAUGUCCUCAACGAUGCCAAAUCUGUUGCGAUGCUCAUCUACAUCUCGAGUAUCGUGCUGGUGGUGAUUGGACUGGUAAAGUUUUUCGCGAGGAGCUACAUCAACAUCAGUGCCGCCAUAUUCUCGAGUGGGAUCCUCAUCCUUGCCACAUUCUUCCUUGCUCUCAUCUUUAUCCCAAAGAUGGUAAACCUCUACCAGGAUCCAACAGGGGAUAAGGUGUUCAGCGCUUCUAUGACGGCACAGUCUCGAAACAGCGAAGACCAGCAGCGACACGAACUAGCCGCAAAGCUCCCAAACCUCACAGACCCAGAAAAGAUUGAAAUCCCCAAUGCACGCGUCCAGAGCCUCGAGGAGAAAAUGAUCUUGAAGAAUAGGAGGAUACGAGAACUAGAAUCUUCGAAUUCAUGACCGAUUGUGACACUUCAUUGACUAUGAUAUCUAUAAUUAUA